UUAUAGAAUUCUCCAAAUUCACACUAUGGCUUCCCACAGCAAUUAAACAAUUUCAAUUAUCUUCAUAUAUAAAUUUCAUGCCUUAAAAAUAAAACUCUAUACCGACUUCAGGGUGAAAACAAGAAGAGCAUUUCUGUAGUAUACUAACUACAAGGAAAUGGGGAACAGCAUAGGAGGAAGAAAGAAGGCAAAGGUGAUGAAAAUUGAUGGGGAAACAUUCAAGUUAAAGACUCCAAUUCGAGCUUGGGAUGUAGUUAAGGAUUAUCCAGGGCAUGUUUUGUUGGAUUCAGAGGCUGUAAAGCACUUUGGAAUUCGGGCUAAGCCAUUAGAGCCACAACAGGAUUUGAAGCCUAAGAAAAUUUACUUCCUGGUAGAGUUGCCAAAGUUUCCUGAAGAAAAGGCACCAAGGAGGGUACGUUCGGGAGGGAUUCAUAUGAGUGCUAAGGACAGGUUGGAGUGCUUGAUGUUGUCGAGGAGAUCAGCUUCUGACGUUUCCAUGAUUAGACCAUCAUCGAGUCUUGGGUCUGAUGGACUCGGACCGGGUUCCAGGGGGAUGACCGUGAAAAUGAGGUUGCCCAGGUCUCAAAUGGCCAAGUUAGUGGAGGAGAGCAGAGAUGGUGUAGAGGUGGCUGAGAAGAUCCUUGAUCUUUAUAUGGAAAACACCGGCGGCGAUAUCGAUAACCAAACGCACCGGCUAGCACCAUCGAAACCAGGCCGUGGUGGUAUUGGAGAAAAUUUUAAGGCCACACGUGAGAAGCGAGUGAGUUUUAGUUCGCAAGAAGAUGGAGAAAUUCGUUUAGCCAAUCAAUAAUAGCAGCCAAAAUUGGAGUAAGCAAAUCAGAAUCAAGCCCCAUGACCAGCUAUUACACUUUUCUUUUGCUGCCCCAUGUAAACAUGCCAUAUAUUUAUUUGAAAAAAUUUUCUUUUUGGUAGCUGUUAGCGACCUUCCUAUAGAGAAAAUCUAUAAUUACUUAGAUUAUUAUAAAUAUGAAAGUUUUUAUUGAUAUUUUUGCUAUUUGUUAUUUACUUUUUUUUUAAUUAAAAAAAAAACUGAAAAUGAAAAAAUAUAUGGGCUGGGCUAUGGAUGGCUUCUAGCUGGAUUGAAUUUUGCAAUCCUUGGAGUUUAACUCUAGUCCAACUCAAUUUAGCGAUAGAAAAAUCAUCAUAUUCAAUGUAAAUGCGGGCCCUUAUAAUAACCUUUCAAUAUUCUCGGUUUUUUAAAUGAAAAUGGAACAGAGAGGCGACGACUGACAUUUCAAAUUGGAUCAAACAUGUUUAAGCCAACCCAUUUCUUUUUACACUCAAGACACAUGAAGUCACAAAUGCUGCAAA